AGUCACGCGGUUGCCUGCACUCCAAUUUUCAGGCUCUCGCGGUGCGGUCUGUUGGGGAGAGGCUAGAGGCCCCAAAAGCAUUAGAUUCUCUGAUAAAAAUUCAACGACAUUCGUUCCACAAUGGCACAACUCGUCAGCCAAUUAGUCAGGCAAAGUUUGAGAUCAUUCUCGUGCACGCAGGGAGUGAAAAUUGUUAAUUCUUGUUGUAAAUCCAGUGGUUUUGCGCACGUGAGGGCGAUCGCCACGACACCAGUCUCCAGGGCGGAGAGGUGGUUCACUGAGAAACAUGAGUGGGUGGAGGUAAACGGGAAAAUUGGCACUGUCGGCAUCUCCGAUUACGCUCAGGAUGCACUUGGGGACGUUGUCUAUGCACAAUUGCCUGAUGUAGGGACGGAAGUCAAACAGGAUGAGGAAGUAGGUGCACUCGAGUCUGUAAAAGCAGCCUCCGAGGUGAUAAGCCCAGUGAGUGGAAAAGUUGUGGAGAAAAAUGAAGCUGUUGAGAAUAAACCAGGCCUCAUCAAUACCUCGUGCUACACCGAGGGCUGGCUCUUCAAAAUCGAACUCUCCACGCCCAAUGAAAUAGCGAAAUUAAUGAAUGAAAAGUCCUACGAGGAAUUCUUGAAAUCCGAUCCACAUUAACUGACACUCGCAAUGAAAAAUCGACUUCGUCGAUUGCGAAAGCUUUUAGGGAUUAUUUAUUUGACUGAAUGAUCUGGGAACCGACCACGGGGGUUCGCUCCCAUUAUCUGUUUUUUUUUGUUAUUUCUGAUAAACAGUGUCACAACUGCUUCAGUCUCGAGGCUCCUCUGACGAAACAUCACAACGAGACGAUCGCAAUGAUUUCGGUGGAGUUGAAAUUUAGAUAUUUUGAUAUUGAUAGUAUGACCGACGAAAUCAUAUUAUUGUUAAUAGGAAUUUUAAUAUUUAAUCGAAAUGGAUAUUUGCGAGGACAAACAUGACCUCGUUUUUAUAUUGAUAAUAAAGAUGUAUGUUUACAGUCAA